UCAUGGGGCUCCCACAAUGUACCCAGAAUAUAAAGAAGGAGACACAGGAAGCUCUUCAUCACUCAGCUAUCCUCCAGCAGACAGUGUGUGAACUAUAUUCUAUGCUAGGAAUUUAUGAAGGAUCCCAGACUGGGAAGAUAAUGGGACAAAACAUAACAAACGUGACAAUCUCUAAGACUAACAAGGAGGACAAACCGAGGAAUCCACUCAAAAGAAAAAAUCCUGACGAUGGACAGAAUGGAUGUAAGAAGCCCAGAGUAGAGACAAUGCCUUCCGGUACCCAAUCCAGAAAGAAAACCAUCUACAGUAAUGAGCAGAUCAAGUUCCUUCAGAACCAGUUUGACUGUAACCCGUAUCCAGAUUUUGUGAGCAAAUGUCGUAUUUCUCAGGUCACAGGGAUCCCAGAACCCAAUAUACAGGUUUGGUUCCAGAACAGAAGAGCAAGAUAUCUCUCAAGAAGAAAUCAAAUCCCGGAAAAGAAGAAACCUACAGCUCAAAUCCUUCUUGAUGUUCAUGAGAAGCUUCCAUCCAUCUCCAUGGAGGAUAUCUGGAUGUAGUGAGAUACUACAUCAAUAGGGACCUCUGUAUUUUAAUCAUGGAGUAUCUAUUUGGGUUCUUAAAAGAGCAGCUUAAAAAGUAUUAAAGUUUUUUGAGUGUUUUAUGGGUCAUCAGUAUCUGACUGUUGGAGGUCUGACUCUUG